CAGCGCCGUUCACUGCGAAUUGCAGUUGUACGAACACACGUGCAAUCGAAGUCUCGUGUGUGACGGUUUCGAAAAAAGUUUCGUUGAUGAUUAUCUUCGCUCGUUAUCGUCACUUCAGCGAUCAUGGAGGAUUGGGUUAACAAGAAAUUGUCCGAGCUUUUGGACUUCCUUAUCCCAGAGGAAAUGAUCUCGUUUAUCACGCAGAUAGAAAAUGACAGAGAUUUGGAGGAAUAUUUCUCAACUCUCUUGGACGAUAAAAAUCCAAAGCACAGACAAUUUGUAGCAGAUUUGAAGAAGCAACGUUCAUUGUAUAAUACCAACCAAGCUGGAUAUAAAAAAGUAAAUGACUAUAACACGAACUUUAACCGACAGAACGAUAAGAAGAAAGGGAAAACCAAGGGAAAAGAAAAUGUUCAGGCUCAAGUUCAGAUUCAGGAAAAGCCAGAGAAGGUAGAAAGGAAGAAGACUAAAUUUGUCGAUUUGUAUUCUCAAGGAGACAUACUCUUGAAAGGCAGACAUAAAUGUGACUGCGAGGCGAAGAGACACGCGUUGGUUAACAAUUGUCUGAACUGCGGUAGGAUAGUUUGCGUGCAAGAAGGUUCUGGACCUUGUUUCUUCUGCGGCGAACUUGUGUGCUCUCCUGAGCAACGAGCGAUUCUUGAGAGUAAAUGUAAGCAGGCCGAUGUUCUGUACAAUAAAUUGAUGGAGCAGAAACCCAGCAAAGGCCUGGAAGAUUCUCUCAAACAGAGGGACAAACUUCUCGAAUAUGAUCGCAAUAGCGCUCGUCGCACCAAAGUCAUCGACGACCAGUCGGAUUAUUAUCAGUCGAACAGUGCGUGGCUUUCUGUUUCGGAGCGCGAGAAGUUGCAGAAGCAGGAAGCGGAAGCGCAGGCUCGCAAACAUAUGUCACGCUUGGACAGAAGAUACGCUGUAAAUUUUCUGGGAAAAGAGCUGACCGAUCGAGAUCAGUCUUACAAUUUGGAUGAAAUCACCAUGGAAGCGAUUUCGAGCGAGAACUUCGAGAAUCCGAACAUCUGCCCGACAAUCGAAUUCGAGCGUCCAAAGUUUGUCGGGAUGGAAACAUUUAAAUCAAGCAGGGAGAAUCGUGAGAAUCCCAUGUGGAAUAUAGUGAGUAAGGUUCAGGAUAAGGAAUUCUUGGAGAUGUCAGACCAAGGUCUGUGCUUGAGCUUACAUCAGCCGUACGCGUCGUUGCUGGUGGCGGGAAUAAAAACUCACGAAGGUAGAACUUGGUACUCGUCACACAGAGGAAGAUUGUGGAUAGCAUCGACCGUUAAAGUGCCAUCUACCGAAGAGAUAGAUAAUGUACAAUUUGGCUACAGUAUGUUAAAAAAUAAAAACUUGAAGUUUCCGGAGACUUAUCCAACUGGUUUCUUAUUGGGCUGUGUAACGGUGACAAAUGUUCUCUCUCAAGAAGAAUAUAAGAAAUUGUACCUGGAAAGCGAAAGCGACAGUCCAUACGUAUUUAUAUGCGAAAAUGCUUAUAUGCUGCCGAUACCAUUUCCGAUAAAGGGAAAACACAAGAUUUACAAAUUGGACAAGCAACUUCAUCGAGCUGCUUCUAAGCAUCUUGAAAAAAUUAUGGAAAGAAGUAAAUAACCAGUUUUUCACAUAGAUCCCUCUCUGAUAUGAAAGUAAGAUAAACUCUGCCAAAGGUAUAUUAUUUUAUUAAUUCGAUUGUUGCUCCCGCCUUUUCUGUGCAUAGUUUAUUCAUAUUAAUAUAAUUCGAACGUUUAAAAAUAAUUUAUAUAUUAUCUUAGCAUCUCGUACAAAUGUGAUCUCUAUGAUAACAUGUCUAAUAAAAAAGUUUUACAUGAAUAUACAAUAUGUGUGUGCAUGUAUAUUAUAUUAAAUUUUAUUAUACAACAGAUUAUUAUACAAUUUACAUAAACUCCGCAAGAUGUUACAAUAUAACCAUUUAUGCAUGCUUUUACACUGCCUACUUUGUUGUUGUUACCGUACUCUUAUACUUUAUCGAUGAAAAAAUAUCGAUUCUACUACAAUUGUAAUAUCAGACUUUUAUAAACGGUAUUAAAAAUUAUCUGCGAUAGAGUAUAUAUACCUGAAAUACAAACGGAUAUCUCCCUUAUUUGGGAAAAGCACAAGGAUUAUUGUUGUACUAAGUCUUCGUCUUUAAAGCGCCAAUUGUCCUAUUAAUAUAUAUCUCUUGCUAUCUCUUAUCAGUGCAUCGCCUAUAUUAAGCGACGUGGCCACGAGUCGUUUUCUCUAUUAACCUCGACGCGUUAAAUUACAUGAAUUAGGCUAAGAUGGUAUACACGGUACGGUAAAUAAAAAAUUUCUCUUUAUUGACUAUGCGGUUAAUAAAAAUGCUUAGGGGUGGGGGGAGGGGGGACUGAACUAAGUAAAUUGAAGUACAUUAGCUCAAGCUUUUUUUUUGUUAGAGAUUCUUCUAUUGAGCAAAGGUCCAAUGUCUCUGGACAAAGAGAAACAUUUUCGACUAAGCUUACUUAGCUGCAUAUAUAUAUCGUUUUGUGCAACUUCGACAAACUGCGGGGACUCAAGCAUUCGGCGCGUAUCUUACAUACGUGUAAAGUUAAGACACUGCAAGUUACAUACAUCCAACGAUCCGAACCAAGCUUCAAUGUAACGUGAAAUGAAACACACACACACACACAGAUGUUGCAGAUACACGGGAGGUAUUCGAUGAACGGGACAAAUUUAACGUUUCAACGAAUCGAUGAAUAAGGAAUGUAUGAAUAAAUAAUAUGAUGGGCAUUUUUAACAUAAGUUGCUCUUAUAUAAAUAAAUAAGAAAGAGUUACUUUGAGACGAUCGUACAGAAUGUGAUUUAUAAUGUAGAUGCCAUUUCGCCAGGAGAAUCUUGUCAGUCAUCAUAGAAUCUGUAUACAGCCGAUCGUAUCAAAUUUUCGUUACCGUUACUUCCAGCAACGUUCUCUCCUUUUCUAUCAUUGUGCAGCACAAUAUGCAUAUAUUAUUAUGACAUGUUGUAACAACAAUCCGCAACCGAUUACACGACAGUUUUAUAAUCUGAUAAAGCUGGGUUCAACGUUCUUCGUAUCUCGCAACAAACGCCUCUAAUUUAUACCUUCUGGGGGGAACUCCUUAGUGAAACGUAAAACACUCCUCCGAAGGUUCCUAACAUUGCGUAGACUAUUAUACGCAAACCGAGAACCAGCUGCUGAUCCAACAUUUUCUGGAGAUAAUUUCGUUUGAUGUAAAUCAUUUCGAAAAUUUCGUCUCAUUAAAUUUCACUAAAAUUAAUAAUUCCAUUAUAUAGUGUGGCGCGCUUAUGUACAAAAUCUAUGAAUUACAAUAACAAUGAUUCGUUCUUCGCUUCGUGAUUAUCCCACAACAGCGACAGUUAACUGCACCACGUUUUCUAUAACGUUUUCUCGAGGGUUUGGGGAACAAUUGCACAAUAUUUGUGCGACAGAAAAUCAAACGUAACAAUCAAGCAUCUGUUCGACAAGUAAUGGUGCAAUUUCCGCCAUUCCCCGACAAAUCUGCACCGAAUUGGUUCUACGAUUUGUUUUUACCCGUCGACAGAGAAUCUUAUAACCGGUUCAUUCGAUUUCAGCAAGUCGUUAACUGCUACGAAAGCGUUAAUAGUGAUGCGUAUGAUCCCGAUGCCUACUCGACAUUCACCCGAUAGGCCCCAAUUUAUAACGCUAAUGUGAUACUAAAGAGGAAUCGUUACAUGCUUACCGCGCGAGAGAUAAAUUUUAAAUAAAUAGCUUUGUACCCUCUCUUCUCUAUAUAGGUCUCAGGAUUUGUAUGCUAUCAAUAUAUUAUGCCUCUAAGUUCUCUUUUUUUGUUUUCCCACCUGCCUCCUUCCGUUUUCGUUUUAGGUCGUUGAAAAAGAUUCGCGUUGUACGCAUUCCCAGACGUAUCCCUCCAUAUAUCUUACACAUGAUCCGCGACACGCAAAACAACUGCGGCAAAAAUCAUCGUUAUCAUCGUCAUCCGAUCGUGCGACGAACUCCCCCUUUUUUUUUCUCGAGGUGAAGAAGGAUCGACUUUCGUAAAACGCAUAACGCGUAAGACAUAAAAAGAAUCAACCAAUCAGAGCCCUCCAUUACAACUCUGGGGGUAGAAACAAAGGAUUUUAAUUGAUUCACAUCAUUUCCUUACACAUUAUGCAGAAAUCUGUACUUCGGUACUCCCAAAGGCCUCUUCUGACAAACUUGCAUUAUUGCAUAUGCAUGAGAAAACCAACCAAUCAUGAUCCGUGCAGAAAACGGAUCUCUUCUAUAU